GGAGCGGCGCUGCGUUCGCCUCCAUUCUGGGGUCUGAGGGGGAUCCGCGCCCCAUAGGAUGCGUUUUCCCAACGUAUGGAUUUAAUUCCAGGGGUCUCCCUGCCCUGUAGGGGAUGCCCUGCCUGCCAUGGAGCCCUAUGUGCUGCUGGACCCGCGGCAGAAGGCGCUGUACCGGGAUGUGAUGCAGGAGAGCUACGAGACGCUGAUGUCCAUCGCUCAGGGCUUGGUGAACCACAAAGCAGCGGAGGAGGACGCCGUGGGGCUGAAGGAGGACGCCGUGGGGUCGGAGGAGCCCCAAACGCACCCGCCCCAUAACCCGGCACAGAACCGAACCGCGGGAUCCCACAGGCGGAAAGCGAAGCGCCCCGACAAAGCCGUCCCUCUCGGGGUCGCGCAGACCCCCCCCGCCGCCCCGACCCCCAAACGCGAUGGGGUGAAGCCCUCCCGGGUUCGGGACCGCCCGUUCGGCUGCCCCGACUGCGGCAAAUCCUUCCCGUGGGCGUCGCAUUUGGAGCGGCACCGCCGGGUCCACACGGGGGAGCGGCCCUACAGCUGCCCCGAGUGCGGGGAAUCCUACAGCCAAAGCUCCCACCUCGUCCAGCACCGCCGCACCCACGGUGGCGACCGACCCCACAAAUGCCAGCACUGCGGCAAACGCUUCGCCGGCGCCGCCCAACUCCUCGCGCACAGCCGGGGCCACGCGGCCGACAGACCCCAUCGCUGCGGGGACUGCGGGAAGGGCUUCGUCUGGGCGUCCCACCUGGAGCGGCACCGCCGGGUGCACACCGGGGAGAAGCCCUACGAGUGCCCGGAGUGCGGCGAAGCCUUCAGCCAGGGCUCCCACCUGACCAAGCACCGCCGCAGCCACGCGGCGGAGCGGCCGCACCGCUGCUCCGCCUGCGGGAAAUGCUUCGGCCAAAGCUCCGACCUCGUCCGGCACCGCCGGAGCCGCGCCGGGAAGAAACCGCAGCGCUGCGCCGAGUGCGGGAAGGCGUUCCGCGCCGCCCCGGCGCCGCUGCGGCGCCACCGGAGGGAGCGCAGCCAUCGGUGCGGGGACUGCGGGAAGGGCUUCGCGUGGGCGUCCCACCUGCAGCGGCACCGCCGGGUGCACACCGGGGAGCGGCCGUUCCCCUGCGGGCUGUGCGGGGAGCGCUUCUCGCAGAAAGCCCACCUGCUGCAGCACGGCAAAACGCACCGCCCCGAGCGGCCCUACAAGUGCGGGGACUGCGGGAAGCGCUUCGAGGACGCCCCGCCUUUCCUGGCCCACCGGCGCGGCCACGCGGCCCUCAAAAGCUUCACCUGCGGGGACUGCGGGAAGGGCUUCGCCUGGGCGUCCCACCUGCAGCGGCACCGCCGGGUGCACACCGGGGAGAAGCCCUACGAGUGCCCCGAGUGCGGCGAAGCCUUCAGCCAGGGCUCCCACCUGACCAAGCACCGCCGCAGCCACGGCCCCAAAGCGCCUUUGCUCCCCGUGCAGGGGAGGGGUGAAGCGGAGGAGCCGCUCCGUGCGGCCCCGCUGAGCUCCGGGGCCGAGCAGCGGUGAUGGGCGGAGAGCUCAGCGGGGUGGGGUGGAGGAGGAGGUGGGAUGGGGAGCGAACAGAGCGGUGCUGCGGGGACGGAGCGCCCACUCCUGGCCCCGCUCACACCUUCCCGUGCUGGGCUGCUGAGGCCGGGGGUUGGGGUGGUAACCCGAGUGCCGAAACCCCACCGUCCGCGCGUGGUCCUCGCCGCUGUCGGGUCGGCCCGUCGGGAACGCUGCGGGGAAAGCGAGCAAAUAAAGGAGCGCUGCGCCCCGUA